AAGAAACAACCCUUAUUUAAUGUCUUCUGUUUAUGUCCUUGUAAUGAACUUCUUUUUCACCCCCAUCUUUGCCAGAGCAUCAGCAAAGCUAUUUGCUUCUCUAAAAACCUGUUUGAAGCAAACUCCCUGGAUAAUCUCUUCCAACCUAUGGAUCUCCGCAAAUAAGUUCCAAUACCAACUUUUUGUAACCUUGGCUCUAGCUGCUGCCUCCUUAGCAAUCUCCAUCAGCAGCUGAUCCUCUUCUCCACAUAUGAAGCCUACUUGUUUGCCAAUUGACCAUGAAUCGUGAGGAGAUGAAGACUACCAUUAAUGGAUCAACCAUGGUACGCCCAGCUCGAGACACGCCAAAUCGACGUCUGUGGAACUCGAAUCUGGACCUGGUGAUAUCAAGGUAUCAUGUUACCUCGGUGUGUUUCUACAAAUCCGAUGCUUCUUCCAAUUUCUGUGACACCCAAUUGCUUAAGGAGUCUUUGAGUAACAUUCUCGUCCCGUUCUAUCCCAUGGCUGGGAGAUUGGGAUAUGAUGAAAACGGAAGACUCGAGAUAGUCUGCAACGCGGAGGGAGUAUUAUUCAUUGAGGCUGAAACCGCUACUACCAUAGAUGACUUGGGCGAUUUUGCACCGCGCUCGAAACUUGGGCAGCUGGUUCCAACAGUCGACUAUUCUGGAGAUAUCUCUUCUUUUCCACUCGUUCUGUUACAGGUGACAAGCUUCAAACAUGGAGGGGUUUGUCUUGGUGCUGCAUUUCAACAUACUUUGGUGGAUGCGCGAUCUGUCAUUUAUUUCAUGAAAAGUUGGUCUAACAUAACCCGAGGCCUACCCAUUAAUGUUACCCCAUUCAUUGACCGCACCCUUCUCCGAGCCCGGGUGCCACCAGCUCCUGCAUUUCACCAUGUUGAAUACGAUCCAUCUCCUCCCUUGAACACAUCUAUUUCAACUCCGAAUUGUCAAGCUGGUCCCAAACUUUCAUCUACAUCUAUUUUCAAAAUCACUGCUGAUCAGCUGAAGACCUUAGAAUCCAAGGCAACCAUGAAUGGCAACACAACAAAAGCAAAUCGUAGCACAUACCACGUCCUGACUGCACAUAUGUGGCGUUGCGUGUGCAAAGCGAGGGGCCUCUCGGAUGAUCAAGUGACCAAGUUAUACAUUCCAAUCGAUGGACGGUCCAAAUUACAUCCACCUAUUCCACCAGGCUACCUUGGCAAUGUUAUCUUCAUAGCUGCAACAACUGCUCUAUCAGGUGUUCUCCAAUCCGAACCAUUUGCGGAUACAAUACAAAGAAUCAACAGAACGGUAAAACGGAUGGACGACAAGUAUAUGAGAUCAGCUCUUGAAUACAUAGAAAGUGUGCCUGAUAUGGAAACUCUUGUGCGAGGAGCACAUACUUUUCAGUCCCCGAACCUCAACAUCAAUGGCUGGAUGCGACUUCCGGUAUAUGCUGCAGAUUUCGGAUGGGGUCGCCCCAUGCACGUGGGCUUGGCAAAUGUCAUCGACGAAGGACAAAUAUAUAUCAUACCAAGCCCGGUUGAUGAUGGGAGCUUGUCAUUGGUGGUUUGCUUGGAGACAUCCCACAUGAAACACUUUAAGAAGUCUCUUUACGAUUUCUUAUUGCCAUUUGAGAAAAUCAAUUCUCGCUAUUAGUUUGUUCUCCCUAUCAUUAUGUACCUUUGGAAAGCAGAGGCUUUCCUUUCAAGAAGAUUUGGUCAAGACGGGUAAUUUGCUUGUGGUAAAUCAUGGACUGAUGAUGUUUGAAACCUAAUCGCAUCAUGAAAGGUGUCACCUAGUUUUCUUUUCCCUUUCUUUCUCACUUUUUCAUCUUCAACAGUCCAUCAUCACAGGACGAAGUUUAGAGAUUAAUCACUUAAGUAAGUAAAUGAAUUCGGAAGCACGCAAUUAUUUGUUGA